AUGAACUUGGACGAGGGUCUCAAUUUCACCAAAGCAGCUACGCAGAAAAUACUUAACAAGUUGGUUUAUAGCAAGUGAGUUUAACAAGUUUAUGUUAUAGUGAAUGUGGCUUUUUAUACUCUGCUCGCUGAGUUCCCUGUGGUGGUCAAAGGAAAGUCUGGUUCCUCUUAGACGAGGCACCAGUUAAACCUGGUGUGAUAUGAAUAUGGCACCUGUCUGUUGUAUUUAAGUGAACACUUAACUUCUACGAGUUGUCCGCAUCAUUCGAGCUUUUGAUCACAGCACACAGUGAUUAGCCUGUUCAGUUUGCGGAGGGCGACUUCAGAUAGAUUUUAAAUUUCGAAGGAAUAGACUAAAACAAUAAAAAAAAAAAAUGUACAGUAUUUUCAAGCUGAAGCGUACGAAGUUAUCAGUUUCCUAAAGAAACUCUAGUUUGCUCUGAGUCAGUGAACAGGCAAGACACCUAUUCAGUUCAAUUUAGUAACAAGAAGUUCUUUAAAAGUACACGUCCACGGUGUAAUGAUUUUUUAGAAUAUGACGUUUAGAGCGUGAGCCGUUCGUGGGAUCAAAGCAACAUGAGGGACAAUCAUCCAAAAGUCGGGCUAUUACCAACGUCUGAAUGGUAUUCGACUAUAAACGUGAUUCAAAUAAAAAAUAGUCUACGUAAAUGCAAAUGACCAUAAAAUACUUAAAGUUUGUCGCUGAGCACAACCCAUAGACCUUAUAUCUGGGGAAAAGUUGGUGAUAGUAGUGGUUUCCUACCAUGCUAUGGUGCAUUUAUUGCAGGCAUCCAGCCACCGUGACUGUAAUCGAGAUAUCAGCAGUGAUUGGUAUAGUGGUGUGGGCUGCUGGUUAUCGGCUAAUUAGGGUAAGUAAGAGAAAAGAACAGAGUAAGUUCACGAGGGGCACCAUCCAUUUUUAACAAACCCGACGAUUAAAACGACGUAGAGGAAUUUUCAACAACAAUUGAACAUAAGCUUAGGGUGCAAAUUCAGUUUCUUUCAAGAGGCUCCAUCCUCUCUCGUUGUUUUUAUACGGUACAUGAUAGAUAAUGUAAUGACAGCCUUCUUUUCCUUUUUUCAGCCAUGCAUGUUCCUCGCUGGAUUUGUUCUAGGAUUCCUCAUUUUCUACGUAUUCAGCCCACUGAUCUUUAAGACACAACUGUGCUGUGGUCCUAACGGGAAGGAAAUAGGUCAGUAGGUUCUCUGUAAAGUACUUCAAAUCAAAUGCGCCUCUUGGCUCCGACGCAAGACGCAAAUAAUCGUAUAACAUAUAUCGUGGACCAAGUCCCACUAAGCUCACUCGUUUUUCAAAAUCUCUACUACAAAAAGCCACCCUGUCAAACACUCUGUAUAGUUAGAGUGCAUGUCCAUACAGAUCAGGCAAGUGUUGACGUUACCGAUCUUUUUUAUACACCUUUUUACUAGCCCACGUUUUGUUCAGUGCAUUGGUCGGUGUGUUUGGUGGAUUUUUAGGAUGUCGAUUAUACAGACUUGGUGUGUUCACAAUCGGAGAGUGUCUAGGACUGGUGAGUAGUACCAAGGUUCUCUUUUUAAAGUCACGGGAACCUAAAAAAAAACUGGUACAGCAAUAGCCUCGUAUCUCUUGGCUCAAUGACGAACUCAACAGUUUCACCAUACAAUGUAAUAAAGCGGUCCUUUGUUUGUAAGAUGCACAUCUCUCUAUUGAAAAAGUAAAUUUCUCCUCUUGCCUAGACUUUCCAUUAACUACCCUGAAAUAUUUCGCGCCUAAUCUAUCGUUCACUGGUGAACGAUAACUUUACAUGCUUGUCACACAAGGAUUUGAGGCUUUAUAAGUAGACCAAUAACAGUUUUUAGUUGAUAAAUCUAUUUAAGCUUCUUUGUAUGGGAUAUUGCCAAUUUUCUAUUGGUCGAGUUGAGCUUUUCGACAAGGUUUCAUGUUUGCGUCGUGACACUGUGUUGAGAUUCCGUUUGCAUUCUUGUUGUGUGAUUUUUGAAGAGUUAUGAUGACUGAAAUAAAUUUUGCAGCCAUUUAUUGUUUUUCAGCUGGUUGGCCUUACAAUUCUAAGCACUCCGCUGUACAAGUACUUUCACAGGUAUGACUGAUUUUUCAUGAUGUUUUGACCACUUCGAUUGCUUUCUUUAAAAAUUGCAACCAUCUCUGACUGAACAUGCGCAAAAUUCUUCUCUCCUUUUCAUGCAGUAACAUUGCCUACGCCGCUUUGAUGGCAACAGUUUCACUCAUGUUCGGAUCGCUGGCUCACUUCUAUGAGAAACCGGUCGUAGUCAUAGCAACAGCUUGCGCUGGAUCAUUUGCUGUGUUCUAUGGUGGGCAUAACUGACGUACACUUCCUACUCAUAAAGCUUUCUAAAAAGGCCGUAAAUCCUCCAUUUUAUCAUCACGACAUACAUGACAAUGAGUCUCUCUAAGGUUACCCUUUCAUCCCUAAGAGUGACAGUAGGCCCAAUUUCUCCUUAAGAUAUCACCCCUUAAUUACUUUUUCAGGUCAUAAGGAAAAAAGAAAGCCCUUGAUUCUUAAAAGACUUCUCGUUAUCAGCAGCUUAGGAAAUGUAUGAAGAAUAGUAAAGAGAAUAUGCAUACUAAUGCUAAGGCGUAAAGGGUUAAAUUUACCAAAGUUAAAACAUGGCUAGGUAUGCAUUUUUCUUUGUUUUGUUUUCCUCCCCCCUAGGAGCUGACUAUUUUCUUCGGACAAGUUUUUCCGUCACAAUUGAGGCCUUUUUGUUAAGAAUCCGGGACGUUCUUUGGGAUGGGCUGAAAUCAGAGCUCUCAAAUUGGACCUACAGGGCUAAAGUUCCCGACUAUCUGGCAGUCCGUUUUACAAACAACGGUGGGAACAGUCAUAAUUUAUCGCCUAAGAGAGAGAGAGAGAGAGAGAGAGAGAGAGAGAGAGAGAGAGAGAGAGGUGGGGAGGGGAGGGAGGGGCGUUGGAAGAAUUUUUUGGGGCGAGCACAACAUGGUUUUCAUGAGGAACGGAGCGGGGAUCAGUCGUCGCCAACAGGGCCAAAAUGGGGACUGAAAGUAAAUGACUACCAUUUAAUGAGGGAGAGUCAUUAGAAUACCACAGAGCCCUACUCGGAUGUUUUCAACAUUCGCGCACUGGGUCGGCUAAUGAGGUAGAUUGCCCUUUACGGAAUUUAUUGGGUUAAAAAUUGUCCCUGGAGAUAAGGAAAAAAUUUUAAGUCAAAAACUGGUUCGAACGUUGCAUUCAAAUUAUAAAACAAGUUUGCCACAACCAAAUAUUGUGAACACAAAGACACUUCUAUGACAAUGGGUCUCUAACGUUAACUUUUUGACUCCAACGAGUGACUAGUAUCUAAUUUCUCCUUACAAACACUGCUGCAACACACAUUAACGUCAUGAGAACAGAAGAAUUAAUCACCAACUAAAGAAGCUCUUGAUUGUUAAUUAAAUUCUCCUUAUCAGCAACUUAAGAAAUGUGUAGAGGGGAACAUGGAGAAUAUACAUACUGAUGUUAGGGUGUGAGGGGUUAAACUAAUAUUAUUUCAGUCAUUUAUUCGGUCUUCCUUUUCUUCUUAUUAUUUUGUAGCCAUCCCAGUGUUUGUGUGUUGGGGCGUAAGUACAGCUGUCGGAUGUGCUAUUCAGUACAAAGUAACAGCUAACAAUUUAAACAGUAACUCUAAUCUUCUACAAUUCUGCAACUGCUGCGACAGACCAAAGCCCGAUAGAUGA